CCUAUGAAAUUCACAACUAUAAAAUGGUGUCACCAACAUUCUCAAGAUUUCAGCCACCCUUCUUGCAACCAAAUCUCCGCACUGCUUAAAUUCUUCUUACAUCCCUUCCGGUCUCAGCUUUUUAAGGUGAGGAGAAAUGGCACGCAAGAAGAUCAGAGAGUAUGAUUCCAAGAGGCUGUUGAAGGAGCAUUUCAAGAGGCUCGGUGGCUAUGAUUUGGCCAUCAAAUCUGCUCAAGUUACAGAAUCGACUGAUCUCAAUGAGUUGGUUGACAAAGAGCCUUGGCUCUCCUCAACAAAAUUGGUUGUCAAGCCUGAUAUGCUCUUCGGCAAGCGUGGGAAAAGCGGUCUGGUUGCCUUGAAGCUAGAUCUGGCUGAAGUCGCUGCGUUUGUGAAGGAAAGGCUUGGCAAGGAGGUUGAGAUGGGUGGAUGCAAAGGUCCCAUCACAACUUUCAUUGUUGAGCCCUUUGUCCCACACAACGAGGAGUUUUACCUUAACGUCGUCUCUGAGAGGCUUGGAUCUAGCAUAAGCUUUUCGGAAUGUGGAGGAAUUGAAAUCGAAGAGAACUGGGACAAGGUUAAGACCAUUUUUGUUCCAACGGGGGUGUCUUUAACCUCAGAUCUGUGCGCUCCACUUGUUGCAACACUUCCACUUGAGAUCAAGACUGUGAUUGAGGACUUCAUCAAAGUUGUUUAUGCUCUAUUUUUAGAUUUGGAUUUCAGUUUCCUUGAGAUGAAUCCUUUCACAUUGGUUGACGGAAAGCCUUAUCCACUGGACAUGAGGGGGGAACUCGAUGACACUGCUGCUUUUAAGAACUUUAAGAAGUGGGGAGAUAUUGAAUUCCCGUUGCCAUUUGGAAGGGUCAUGAGCGCUACAGAAAGCUUUAUCCAUGGGCUGGAUGAGAAGACAAGUGCAUCUUUGAAGUUCACGGUCUUGAACCCAAAGGGACGAAUCUGGACCAUGGUGGCUGGUGGAGGUGCCAGUGUCAUCUAUGCCGAUACUGUUGGAGACCUUGGAUAUGCAUCUGAACUCGGGAACUAUGCUGAAUAUAGCGGGGCUCCUAAUGAAGAAGAGGUCCUGCAGUAUGCCAGAGUCGUUAUUGAUUGUGCAACUGCAGACCCUGAUGGUCGUAAAAGAGCUCUCGUGAUUGGUGGUGGUAUAGCAAACUUUACUGACGUUGCUGCUACAUUUAAUGGCAUAAUCCGAGCUUUGAAGGAGAAGGAAUCGAAGCUCAAGGCUGCUAGAAUGAGUAUCUUUGUAAGGAGAGGCGGUCCGAACUACCAAAGGGGUCUUGCUAAGAUGAGAGCUCUUGGAGAGGAAAUCGGCAUCCCCAUUGAGGUCUACGGCCCGGAGGCAACCAUGACAGGCAUUUGCAAGCAGGCAAUUGAAUGCAUCACUGCAGCUGCAUAAAGAGCAAAGCAACUAAUGCAACUCUGAUUUCUAUUUUAUUCACUUCCUUCCUUUUUGGUUGUGUUUAGAUGUCUGUUAUAGCAAUGUUGUGCCUCUUUUGUUUGUAUUUUUGACAUUUCCAUAUAAAUGGCCCAUUUGAAUUGGGCUCGAGCUGCAGCUAUGAAUCAAUCACUUCCUUUAUUUUGUGGGAUUUUUCUUCUUU